CACCGAUUCAUCACGAGAACUUGCGUUACGCUACGAGAUUUGACCUCAAACCGAUUCUUGUCGAAAGAACAGGCUGUAUCGAACGAAGUUAUCGGUGUAUUUGCAGAAGUUAUAUGACUACUAAGGCAGAAAAACCAACACUAUCAGGCACCCGUCUGAAAACCCGGAAAAGGGAUGAAAAAGAAAAGUACGACCCUACGGCUUUUCGAGACACCAUUAUCCAGGGGCUUGAUGAGACUGAGGGAGAUCUAGAAAAGGUUUCUAAGUUUCUUGACAUUUCUGGCUCCCGACUCAACUAUCGCCGCUACGCUGAUGUGCUCUUUGAUAUUCUCUUUGCUGGUGGACAAUUAGCUCCAGGUGGAUUUGUCGUGCAAGAUCCUGACCCAGAAAAGCCAUCACGCACUAAUGUUUCCGUGUUCUCCACUGAAGAAAACGUUGAAAAGCAGAAGAGCUUCUAUGAGGUGUUCUACAAGCUGAUUCGUCGCUACAAGUACCUGGAGAAAGCAUUCGAGGACAGUUUGAAGAAGAUCCUUGUGUUCUUGAAAGGCUUCACUGAAGAUGAACGUCGCAAGCUGGCAAUCAUCACUAGCCUCCUGCUGGCAAAUGGCCUGUGCACAGCACGGGUCCUUGCCAGCCUCUUCGAGGACCACUUGGUCAAGGAGGGUCUCUCUUUGGAAUUCUCCACGGUAAUGUUUAAAACCUGGCUCGGGGAACGAGAUUUGAGUUCAGUGUUCUCCACACUGAAGAAGUCCCAGAUCGACUCACGUUUGAUGGAACUGUUUCCCAUCAAUAAGAGGAAUCAAGAUGUCUUCUCGACAUAUUUCCGGAAUGCUGACCUGGCAGUUAUUGCUGAAAUGCAGGUAAAGCAGGAGGCUGUAGAGACAAAGAAGAAGCUCCAACAGGAGAUGAACGAUAUGAUCAGAGAGCAGCAGCCAGCAGCUGAGAUUAGGUCCUAUGUCCUUGAAGAGAUGCAGAAGAAUGGUAUCCCAGAGCAGGAGGUGGUGAUUCUGGUGUGGAUCAUUGUGAUGGGUUCCGUUGAGUGGAACAAGAAGGACGAGCUGGUAACGGAGCAGGCCCUGAAGCACUUGGCCACAUAUGCUCCACUCCUAGCCGCGGUAUCCAAGUCGGGCAAAUCCCAGCUGGCACUCAUUCUCAGGAUCCAGGAAUACUGCUACGAAAACAUGAACUUCAUGAAAUCCUUCCAGAAGAUUGUUGUCCUCUUGUAUGACAAGGAAGUGCUCAGUGAAGAUGUUAUUCAGAAGUGGUACAAGGGAGGUCACUCUUCCAAGGGCAAGAGCACCUUCCUUGAGCAGAUGAAGAAGUUUGUAGAAUGGCUUGAGAAUGCUGAAGAAGAAUCUGACGAGGAGGAUGAUUAAUGUUGGGUACAAGCAUGAUGGAUACGAGGACAGAUCUGCAGCUAUGCACCAGGGAUCUCUUGCUUUGAUUCAAGUCUGCCAUGACUGCAUGUUGACACUGUGACAUUGUACACAGGUCUGCCUGCCUGCCUGCCGCGACAAGGUUCCUGGCAGUCGUGCUACAGUCAUUCACUUCCUCAUCGGUGUCUCCCUGUUAGUAUUGGUCAAAAUAUGAUUGAUUCAAUCCUCAAACUUGUAUGACCUAUAUAAUGCUGAGAAAUGGUGACAUCUUGGUGUUUCACUGGACAGUCUCUGAAUGAGUGGAAAUAUCCUGACUUUACGCAGUUCUUGUUUUGCUGUAUAUGUACAUGUGUGAUUACCAUGGCAACAAGUCAUCAGAGAAUAUUCAUGAGUUCGUUCAGAAGGACUCAUUUUCACCCAACUCUCCUUCACGAAUUUGGUCAUUGCUCAUGUACUAUGUUAUGGAGGCUUUUAUCAUAGAGGACUUUCUGAUUGCUGCAGACUGGUCGUUCAGUCCAAUGUUGAGUUCAUGCUUUGCAUCUUUAGAGAGAUUGUCACAUGUUUGCCCUGUGUCUACCAGUGUCAACUAGUAUUAGGUUUUGAUAAAUCUUUUACUAUAAUAUCUCGUUACAUGUUCGACAAUUUUUAAUGAACUAACUACCGGUAAGUCUGAUUAUUCUGUAUGUAUAGUUUUUGUUACAAGACUUGUGUACUGAAAUGUUUUCGACAUGACAAAAGGAAAUAUGUUAUUGAAGAAUGUCUGCCUCAACAUGGAAUAAGACUGCAAUAAUAAUUGAUCAGUGUAUUUAUCUUGCCAAAGAUUGUCAGUUUUCUGAAUUCUUCAUGACUUGAAAUACUUGUGUAUGUCUAUGGCCAGUGGAAUCACUUGAGGGUGUUGAUGAUGAUCAUUGCAUAUACCCAACAAUUGUCAGUGUAAAAUACCUCUGUCCUGCACGUUCCUGGUAUAAAAUGAACAGCAAAUGUAUUGUUUAUAACAGUGUUCAAUCUUUCACAGCAGAUAUAUUACAUAACACAGGUCUGGUACCAGCUGUCGUUUGCAGAUGUAAAUAUUUGCCCCUACAGAGGAGUGUUUGAUACUGUGCCUGGAACGUGUAGAUGGCUGUUUUAUCAUUUCAUUAUGUUAGUAUAUUUUUGUAAGGUCCUCCACCCAACCAUGGGCCCAGUAAUGACUCCACACAAGCAGCAACUCUGUGGCCUUCGAAACUUGUUACAAACUUUCGAAAUAUCGAAAGAAAAAAGUUCCUCAUCAUUGGUGAUAUUGUUUGUGAACCAUCAGUUGUCUAUUUGUGACAUGUUUUGUUUCAUGUAUGUUAAUUCAGUGGAGUUUGACAUUCAUCCGAUUUGGAAUGUGUAAAUAAACAUUAUGAAAACAGUCAUCUUAUUCAGAGAUCAUAUUCAGACAUUGGAAACAUUGCCAGAUCAUGCUAGAGAUCUAUUACAACAUAGGGAUACCUCCCAACGACAUUGCAUCUCGCAUCCCAUCACCGUCAACAUGUCCGAGCCAGUGUCAAAGCUAGCAUGUAAAACAUGGCCUACACGAGGUGCAGCAGUUCAUUACAGGUACUGAAGCCUUCAGAAUGUAAUGUCUAGUAAAGACUUUUCUUUAUUACAAACACAAUAUUUCUCAGCUUGUCAGUUGCUGUGAAUUAAAACAAGCAUUGCUAGACCCGUUUCUUGAUGUUUCAGUAUUUUGUGUUCAGUUAUGGUGGUGGCCAUUUUUAUCCUCUAUGUGAUGUCAUCCUUUGAUUAGCCGCCGACUCCCUGGCUCUUACUUACCUGUCAGUUCUGUUUUCUUUGUGAUUGACGCCAACAUCAAACUCAUAUAAUACUCUGUUAUAUGGUUCCAUCACAUGAAAUGUAUGUAUGUUAAAUAGUCACAAUAUUAGCCAUUAUACCCUGUGUUACAAUAUUUAUCCAUUCUUUUUGUUAUGCAAAUCCUCUAUUUUGAGGGUUUUGUGCACUUCCUGCACACUGUUCCCACAAUAAGUACACUGACUGUUGACCACUUGAGUAUAUAUUUUGAAACGUAGCAUGCCCCGAAAACAGCUCUAAUUGGGAAGAUCAUGUGACUUGGUCAGAGGCACUGUGGUACAUAGUUGUCCUUUUUGUAUGAAUUAUGAAAAUUUGUGAAUAAAAAUUAUUAAAAAUA